AUGGUUCAGUUUGUAAAAUUUAAUAUUGAAGAUGACAUUGAUGAUCAGCAGAGCAUGCGGUCUCCUCGUGUAGGGGGGAUAGUGAGGCCAAAAGACAUUAUAAUUUUCGUAGAAGGGGUAUCCAAUGAAGAAUAAGCAAAAUGUCCCGCACUCGGUGGCCAAAUGGCCACCCCCUUGCAAAGGACCUUGCGGGGUUAUACCAGCUGGAUGGGACUGGUUGGGACAAACCCUCACCGCAGACCGCGCCGUGUUCAUCGCUGCGGCAGUUCCUGCCAUGUUGCCCGUAAACGCAACCCCACCUUAUCUAAAGUAACAUGUUAUGGUUCAGAUGUUGUCUUCUCUCUGCAAUUUUUUGGGUUUUUGGAUACCAAAUGUUUGUCUUUUUUUCUUUUUUCACUUUCUAAGUACUUGUAAUUAAUUGAACAAAGACUU